AUGUCUCACAUUCAGUAUGUGGACGAAUUGGUCAAAGAAUAUCUACUCUUCAGAGGUUUUAGCCAAACGUUGAAGGCUUUCGACAAUGACUUAAAAGCCGAGAAAGAGAAAGGUUUUAGGGUUGAUAAAAUCGUUGAUCAAUUGAUGCAAUACAUAUACAACUAUGAUCUAACAUCUUUAAGAGAAUUAUGGGGACAUUUAGAUCUAAGGAUGUUUUCACGUUUGGAGAGUCAUUUUACACCAGCCGUAAGAAAGCUGGAAAAUGCUGUUCUAAAAAUGUACCUGGUCAAUGCAGCGGUGAAUAAUAAACAAGAUCGUAUUCAAGAAUUUUUUACCAAAAUGACGCCAGAGUUACAAGGUCAUUCAGAGUGGAAAGAAUGGUUUGCAUUGCCAUUUGUUAAAAAUCCUGAAGACAAUCCAGCGUACUCUGUACAUUUUAGUAGACAAUGGCAGGACACUAUGUUAGUGUCUCUGCAUAAUUUCCUUGCUACUAUUUUUCAAUGUAUGCCACAACCGACGUUACUUGCGAUAGACGAGGAUACGAAUAAAUUGAAACGGCUUCAAGAAGAAAAUGAAGCGUUAAGGCAACGUUUGAGCGAGUCGGUUAAAAUAGAAAAUGUAAUGGAUGUGAAUCCAGGACCAGCUCCUCAACAUCCACCACUUAUGGAUGAUUUUUAUAUUAUAGCACAAGAAUCUCCUUUAUUAGAAAAUCCUAAAACACUAAGGAAUCUCAUAAGAAAUAUAGGUGGCGGUUCUAGUCCAAUUUUAAGUAGGAAACCAGGGACAAGUAUAAGGAAAGUAAUAGAGCCGGAAAUGUCGUCGACAAAAAGAACCAAUACGAAGGGGAAAAUAAAUUCAGUCAACAAAUCUGAACCAGUUAGCAAAAGAAGCAUUAGCUGUGAUUCUAGAUUAACAAGUUCUAGAAAAAGAGAUUCGUCUAUUGAUGCGGUAGCUGAACGGAAAGCUAAAGAUAAAAUCGAUUCCACUUAUAUUCUUCUUAGUCAAGAAGAAUAUACGGAACACAAAACGUCAAUAAUUCAAUGUAAAAGUAAUGCAAGUGGCUCUUACGUUGCUACAGGCGAUGCAGAUGGUAUUAUUAAAGUAUGGACACCAAUACCCUCACCAAAGACUGUUACUACAUUUAUCUCUGCCCCAGCGAAUUCAAACAAAGCAAUUACAGCAUUAGACUGGAUAUCAAAGAAUGAGCGUUAUUUUUUACACGGUGAUAACAAUGGCCUGAUUCAAUUGCAUGACACUCGUGACUGUAAAACUUUAUGGGAUAUUCAACACGAGAAUUCUCGAAUCAUUACUUUGUUAUGCAAUCCGACGGAAUCCACGUUCGUAUGUUCCGUAUCAGAUUCAAACGAAGGAAGAUUGUUAUUGUACGAUAUCAAAACGAGAAAAUUGGAAAGAACUUUACCGAUGGAACAAAAUGUAACUGCGUUGUGUUCCGCGUUUAAUCACAACGGGCAGCUUCUUAUCACGGGAUUAUCCAAUGGAAAUAUUUUAAUACACGAUUUGAGACGAAAUGAAAUUAUCGAUAAUAUAAGUUGUCAUGCGAGUCCAGUUAUCGAUAUAGAACUUAUUAAUGAUUAUACAAAUAUCUGUACGCAAAGCGAGGACGGAAAACUGUGUCAAAGAAGUUUGAAUCAUUCCGGGAAGAUUCUGUGGGAAACGAAAAUCAAAGUAGAGAAAAACACAGUUCAUGGAAAAUUGUUUACUUUUGAUCAAAGUGGUAACUAUAUGCUACUUUGUACACAAACUGGAGGGAAUAUAUACAAAAUGCCGCCAGGUGCACAAGCAAAAAUUUUAGAGUUAGGCGGACAUAAAGGUACACUUUGUUGUGACUGGUCUACUGCCAAUCAAUCUGGAACAUGUAUAACUGGUGGCGCGGAAGGGAAAGUACGAGUGUCGACGUUGCUCUCACCAUGA